GACCGCGCUGCACUCGUGGGGGCCCCGGGCCGGUAGUGGCCGCGGGAGGCCUCCUGGAAAACCGCGCCCCGCGGCGCCCCCCGCCUGGCCCGUGGUCCAGUCCCAAGAUGGCGGCCACCAUGAAGAAGGCGGCUGCAGAAGAUGUCAAUGUCACUUUUGAAGAUCAACAAAAGAUAAACAAAUUUGCACGGAAUACAAGUAGAAUCACAGAGCUGAAGGAGGAAAUAGAAGUAAAAAAGAAACAGCUCCAGAACUUAGAAGAUGCCUGUGAUGACAUCAUGCUUGCAGACGACGACUGCGUAAUGAUACCCUAUCAAAUUGGAGAUGUGUUCAUUAGCCACUCUCAGGAGGAAACCCAGGAAAUGUUAGAAGAUGCAAAGAAAAACUUGCAAGAAGAAAUCGACGCGUUAGAAUCCAGAGUGGCAGCCAUGCAGCGGGUGUUAGCAGAUCUGAAAGUUCAGCUAUAUGCGAAAUUCGGCAGCAACAUAAACCUGGAAGCUGACGAAAGCUAAACAUUUUAUAAUACUUUUUAAAUUUGUUAAAUAAACUUGAAUAUUGUUUUAAAUGAUAAUUUUCCUUCUUCAAAUGGUAUGGAAAGGAAAACUUUCUUUUUGUAAAAUUUUCAUUUAUUUAAUGGAAACUUGCCUAUUUUCACAUGUCUUGCUUAUUUAUUUUAUAUUUUUAAAAGAAGACAGUAUUCAUCUAUGUAUUUUACAUAAUGAUUAUAUCAACUUUAGGGGCUUAUGUCAUGUUAUUAAAAUUGGUUCAGCAAUC